UCGAUUAAAUGGAAAACUGUGGGGAAAGUGAAAGGGUAACAAUAAAUGUCAUUUAGAAUACAAUUGAUCAAUAUGGGCACGAGAGCUGCAGCCUUUCAGGCAAAGCUUCGAAGCCUUCAUGAUUAUCAUCAACGUCUUCUCCAUAAUCAGCUUCCUCUUCCUUCUGGCGUCGAUAUUGCUAACACUAUCAAAUAUUUCUCUCAAACUUUGCUGACUGUUCUUAAGGAUGUUCGCAAUUCACCUCUUGAUAUGAUCAAAGAUCCUGACAUGGACAUGACUCGAAUGUCUUCUUAUCCAAAUCUUGAAUACCAAAAUCUUUACAAUGCUAUUUGCAUGCUCAUCGAUGUCACUCCUAAUAUUCAAUAUGGGAUUCAAAUGUUUGGCAAAGCCAUUCUCCAAUGCAUGGGAUGCAUUUUACCGUUUCUAGAUCGUGACCUUAUUGAUAAUCUACCAUAUUUAUGUGCUUCACUGUUCUCUGUGCUACCAUCUCCAUUAUACCAAGACAUCAUCAACUACUUAUGCUAUUACAUCUUACCAUUUACAAUAACAAGACAAGGCGAUCAAGAGUCUUUGAUUUGUCAGUCAUCAGCAUCAGUAUCAUCCGUCAUCAUGUUUGUAUUUCAAUAUUCAAAUAAUCCUGCACAUCAUUGUCAACUAUUAGAAUGUCUGAUGACACUUAAGCACAACGUAGUUAAAGAUUUACUAUGUGUAAUAGCUUAUGGGACAUCUUCGUCUAGAUCAGUAGCAGCUAAACUUUUAUUCUAUUACUGGCCAGCAUUUAAUGCUGACCUUUUCGACCGAAAGGUUCUUCUUGUGAAGUUUAAUAACGAUUUGAUGCCAUUUGUAUGUCAAAGAGAUCAUUGCACAUCAACUGGAAAUGCUGAAGCAAGCAAAGUUUGCUAUGAUCAUAAUGUCAGCAUUCUUCAUUCAAAUGAAAAUCCACCCCCACUUUAUUGUUGUAUUGAAUGUGCCAACGCAAUUCAUCGUGAACAUCCAAACAUCACAUUCAAGGAUAUGAUUCAUCCAAUGCAACAAGUGUCGAUGAUAUGCGAAAAUAAAAACUGUCGGUCAAGCGAUAAAUCAGCGUUUUCCAUCUGUUUUUCCACGGAAUGUAUAAGUUACAAUGGAAAUCAUCCAAUCCGUUAUUGUAAUCAAUGUCAUUUAAAUCGACAUAAUGCAAAACGUGGUGUUGAUCAUGUUUAUCAUCGUUCACUUUUGCCAGCAUGGCAAAUGGAUUUAGAAUCGUCAGGUUACAUGAUUGAAGCAGUUGUGAGUUUGUUAAGGGAAGCAAAGCCAUUAAAUUUGGAUUUGUCUAAAGACACAACAACAACAGAAGGUCGAACACAUGACAAUAUCUCUUUGGAAGAUCGUCAACAGCUUGGGAAGUAUGGAAUUUGGUUGCUUGUUGGUCGCUGUUCACCCACAGUUGACACACCAGUUGAGAUUCUUGGACGACUAUUGAACAUGUUAUUCCAUUGGUUCCACAUAACAGCAUACUCAAGUGAAAGUGGAGUUGAAAGCACUUUAGAGAAGCUUAAAAUUGACCACGUCUGUGGGUGGUUAAAAGAAAUAGCAGAAAGUCACAACAAAGAAUUUAUUUCUUGUUUAUUACCUCAUCCACCAGAAUAUUCAAGAGUAGGUGGUCAUUGGGAUACUUUAGCUUCAAGAACACAACAUUUAAAGGAAGGUUUACAACGACUUAUUUGUCUCGUUCCAUACGAAGUAAUUACGCAAGAGAUUUGGGAAACGGUCAUGCCACAUUGGAUGGAAGCAAUCACAAAUGAUGUCCCAGAGAAAGAACUUCCUGAAUUGAAAAUUGUCUUGCGUAAAAUUCUCGAUCCUUUGGGAUUUGAUGCUAAAGCUAUGUACAACUUUAUUACGAUUAGAUUCGAGAAAACAACAGCGAAAGUCCAAAUGCAAGCGCUACAUUGGUUACAAGUUCUUACAAGACUUGAGAUUUUAAUUCCACUUCAGCAACUGUUCACGAUGUUUGUCGAUGGUGUAAGAAUCAUGAAGCAUGGAGUUCAACAUGACAUCAAUAUGAAAGAUAAGGACGCAAAAGGAAAACAAACUGUGGGAAAGGAAAAAGAACUUUUAGGUCAACCAGCACCACCAAGAAGAAGCUCAAUUUCUCCUGUUGUCGAAGACGAAUCAAUAUCCGAUUCAGCUAUUUCCGAUGACGAACAAACGCCAGCUUCAAGACCUUCACAACAAUUUUCAACAGAUUCCGAAAAUAAUUUGACUUGUUGCAUUCUCAUGCUUGACAUUUUAUUGAAACAAAUGGAACUUCAAGAUGUGGAACAACACCAGGGAAUCAACACGUCAGUUUGUGAAAACGUCUGUCGAUUAUUAAAAUGUAUGGUGACAGCAACAGCGGGAAUUAAAACAAUCGGUCCAGGAAGUCAUGUUUGUUCGGAGAAGAUUGAAUGCUUAAUUUGUGAAGCUUUCGUAAUGUGGCAUCAGUUGGCGACUAAAAUUGUUCAAUUUAUGGCACCACGGAAUCCAAUUCGACCACCAGAUCCACCUCCUGAGAUUGAAACUUUUGAUGAUGAAAAAAUUCCAGACGACAAAGACCACAAACGUGAUCGUGACGUUUCCUUCUCAAUGGCUGCACUUCCAAUUCCUUUGGGCCCACUUGGCGGUUUGUCAUCAUUAGCAGGGCCUGUUCCAGUUGCGGCUCCGAUACAAGAACAGCAGCCGUUCUCAAUUGGAAACGUUUUGAUGAAUGAACACGAAAAGGACAUUGCGAAAUUUAUUCAAGCUACAGACGAGAUUAUGACAGCUACGGUUGAAACGGUUUCCGAUCAGUUAGAUCUUGAUUUGGCUGCAAUGAUGCCAUCUGAGAAGGUCGUGACUGCUGUUGCUCGUUCUGUCACUUUAUCAGACGCUGACGUUGCACAAGCAACUGUUCAAAUCGCCCGUCCAUCGAUUGUUGGAGCUGAUCAAGAUUCAGCUGACAAUCCAAAUUUAAGUUCUGAUGAAAGCUCCGAUGGCGACUUUUGGCAUACUUCAGUCGGAAAGUUUAAAUUCUCAAUCGACCAACUUCCACAAACUUUGCAAUUCAUUCAUCAACUAUUGACUGAAUUACCAAGCAUUGACAAACCAGAGAUCUUAUAUCAAGUCAUACAAUGUUUAAAUGUUCUUGUUCUACAUGGAGACGCUUUCACAAAAGCUUCUCGAGAUCAUCGUGGAUUCUUUAUUUGGUGCCAGGAAAAUCUUUUAAUCCGAAAUCUCUGGGAAUGUUGCAACUCUGAAAAUUCUCACAUCUGUCAAGUUGGAGUUCCGUUGCUGCUACAUUGCAUCACAUUACCUGUAGGAAGUGACACAUUUUGGAAGGUUUUACAAGAAUUUUUCAACCAUACCGAUUGGCGUGUUCGUUUUCAAGCUGUUGAACGUGUCACAGUCAUUGCUCGAUUUAUGGACUCCACACCUUUGAGAACGGAAGUCAAUUUACAAGCGGCAUUAGCGACUGCUUUUUGUCAUCUCAUUGCAAGCAUGGAUGAUAUAAAUGUUUAUGUAGCGCAACGCGCAACUUUGUAUUUGGGAACGAUUCAUGAUUCAGCGAUAAGGGCGCUUCUUUAUUGUUUGGAAUCACAAUUCGACAUGUUUAUUGUCGAUCGUCCCGUCGUUCUGCAAUCUGUUUAUCAACUACACAACUCGCUUUCUGAUCGAAAGAUCCUCACGUGGGAUUUCUUCCUUUCAAGAUUUGAUACACUUUUCAUCGAAGCUCAAGUUAAUCUCGAGAAAAAUGGCGAUUUAGCAUAUCUUCGAGAUUUGAGAAAUUCUGAAAAUGGAAGUGAAAUUUUAACAUCAAAAAUUUCUAAAGCGAGAGAAGCUUUAAGUCAAUCAUCGGAAUCAUCAGGCUCAAGGAAGAUGAUAAAAACUUUGAGUGCUUCGUUUGGAAAAUGGCAGUACAAGAGAACAAUGUCAGCACCAGCAAAUAUUACGCCGAGACAAGAAUCGAAAAUCGAAAAAGAAAAAAUCUACAAUCGUCAAAUAUCCGCUCCACUACUUAAAAGAAAAACUUCACGCUUCGGAUUGGGUCAGUUUUUAUCUGGAAAUACUAAUCAUGCUCAUACAAAUCAUGCUUCUUCACCAAAUCAUUCUCAUCAAAACUUACAAAUUGCCAGCACAACUGGCAAUAAUCUUAAUCAUUUACAUCCCAACAAAUACAAUCAUCAUCUGUCCCCAUAUCCGCCAAGUUCACCCGCUUUGACUCCCCAUUCGCCAACAUCACAUCAUUUUCAUUUUCAACAACCGCCAAGUUCACCAAUGCAUCAUCAAACGCCAUUUGCACAUCAUGCUGGCGUCGCAACAGAUGGUCACAUCGGGGGUGGCUACGAUGACGUAAACUUUUCUGGAAAUUUAUUUAGAGUCAUCGACCUCGAAGAAUCAACCGACAAAGAAACAAUCCACCUGUUGAUUCACUUGUUGAUGCAGUUCAUGUCGCGACCGGAUCUUGCUUUUCCAACUGAAGAAAAGCCAACAUGUCGACUGAUGGCAAUCGUUUUGAAACAUAUUUAUUUGUUACUUGGUUUCAAUCAAAAUGAAAGAAUGUUUCAAUUCAGUUCAGCAAGAAUUCGUUGUUCAUCAGUUUUCAAUAGCUUCAUGGCAAACUUACCGCAGUUCAUGGAUCAGAAUCAUGAAAUGGGAGCGAAUGAAUCUUUGUUCAAUUUUAUUGUUCAACUUUUGAUUUAUGCACCAUACCCGAACAACACAAUACCAGCGACAUUUGAAGUCAUGCAAAACACUUCCUAUUCGCUAUGGUUCUUGGAGAUUCAAGUGAGAAGAAAUUGGCUUAUGACUUUACUUGUCAUUCUCUACAAAUACAACUUGAACACGAUUCCAGAACCUUUGCUAUCAAGCUUGAUAAGAAUUGUCAUGAUUUCUCUCGAAGGUCAAUUCCAUCAAUGUCGUCGAAUACCUACAACAAUUCUUGUUCAAGAUCUCCCACGACGACCUGAUUUAAAUCAAUCAUUUGGAGCAGAAGCUGAUGAACGCGAACCAGGAAGUUUAUCUCACGCCAAACAAUCAUCGCAGCUUAGAAAAUUACACGAUUCAAGCAUUGAAUGUGAUGAAACUGAAUCUGAAUUGGUUGCAAUUCCUGAAUCUGAUUUAUCUGACAGCACUUUGCAAGGAAGUAUUGAUGGUGGAAUGUCGGAUGAUUUACCACCAUUGAAAUCUGAUGUUGUCAAAAAGAAGAAAGAUUCGUAUGAUGACUCAAGAAAACCACAAAAAUCUGUGCCAAAAUCUCAAUCUGUUGAGACAACAAAAAGUCUUUCUGAAGGUGUUCGAAUGAUGUUUUCAUCAGCAAUUUUGAGUCCACCUGUGAAUGUGCAGAAAGCAAUUGUCGUGACUCAAUCUUCAACAGUUAAACCAGUUCAAAGUGCUGCUAAAGACAUUUGUCCGUCAAGUACAUCACAAAUGGUGGCAAAUGUUGCAAACAGUCAAUUCAGAACAGCGAGGGCAGUUGCAGGUGAGAAACAGAAAGCAAUUGUUACACCUCAGAAUGGUUCAAUAAGUCAUCAAAAUUCUUCAUCGGUACCAAGAGCUUUGGGACGUCAACAAAGAAUAAUUGACACGAAUGGAAUUCAACAAUCAUCUUCAUCAGGUUUGGAUGACAUGAAGAAAGGUCAAUCUGCAUAUAUUCGAGCUAUUGAGAGAAAAUCAAAUUAUUAUGGAUCACCAGAAUCUCCUUUGUCAAAAAUGGACAUAAUGAGUCCACCAGAAACUGACUUAUCAACUGAUGGAACUGAAACUUUACUCUCACCUUCUAGUAUGAAGCUUGAAAUUCCAACACCAGAAAGAUUACUUCCAAUUGGAAACAUGGGAAAAGAAAGCGUCUCAUCAUUAGUUGAUCGAGUGCGCGAAGUUUUAUCAAUUCCUGACAUCAGUCAUUUAAAAUCUCAAGAUCAUCUUGAUAGAAGUAAUGACACAACUCCACCAAAUUCAUCGCGUGCCACAUCACCCAGAAAACUCACCAAACAAGUUGCACUCAUUGAGUCACCACCAAGUGCAAAUGCAGCUGAAAUUGCGCAGUCAAUCAUCAAAAAAUCUGAUCCGAAAAAUGAAUUAAAUGUGAGAGAAGAAAAGCGUCAAACAUUCCAGAAAGUUGGACCUUAUCAAAGUACAGAUGGUCGGUUAAGAUAUGCGGGUUCAUGGGCACCACCGCAAUUAUAUGACGAUGAGUUUGAUGAAGAAGAAGAAUGUUCAAUUCGAGCUAGUUACGUUAGCAUUGACACAAAACCGAGCGCAUUUCGUGUUGGAGAUGAUUGCAUGAAUGAACGAUGCAGUGAAUGUGGAGCUUUACGAGAACAGUACACUGAUGAAGAGUUGGGAUUGUUUAUUGUUCUCCUUGGAACUUUUAUUCAUCGUGAACCAGCGCUUGCAGUUCCUUUUCUUCCAGACAUUCUGGUUUUGGUCUCGAAAGUCGCAACUCAUCAUACAUUUGCAUGGCAGUACGAGUCAAAUACACACUUACCUGGUGGUUCUCAAUCAGUCGCUCAUCAAUUCAUCAGAUGUGUGUUACAUCAACUGGCACCGAAUGGAGUUUUCUAUCAGAUUUUCUUAACUCAGAAUCCAGAAAACAUUCGACAGAAGUUCUUUAAAUGCGUGGCAUUGGCACUCCUUGACUUUGUCGAACUCAACGUGGCUAGUCCCGUUCAUCUAUUGAUGGAAUCAUUGAACAACAAGAAGACUUUACCUGUUGACAUGCCAAUUAUAAUGAGAAAUCUUAGUGAAUACUUACAUUGUUUGCCAAUUGAAGCUUUGAGUGUCCCCAUCUGGUCAUCGGCAGUUCAAGGAAUUGAACAACUGUUCCGUCGAAUUAUUUUCAUUCUACCGAGUUUAGAUGAGGCUGAAAACUUGCUAAAUAUUAUGGUGUCGGUUUUGAAGAUGCCAAGUCUACCGAAAGGUAUCUUAGAACCUUUUUCAAAAGUCUUCAGCUUUGCUAUUCAAAAUCUUCACUUGAAACAUAAAGUUGUUCAUGAACUUUGCUGUUUGAAUAGUCGAGCGUUUUCAAAAGAACGUGACAAAUAUCAACUUGCAAGACAAAUUGCUUUUGAACUUGUUCAAUCGUUGAAGUUUAAAACAAACAUUCCCGAUCAUAACUUGUUGCUGCUUGUCGGAGUUAUUCUUCAAGAUCUUGGUGGAAGUUUACCAAGGGGAACUGUCGAUGGUUUACCAACAAAUCCGCCAAUGUUUACAAAUAACACUGCAGAUUGUAUGCGACAAUAUCUCAACGAUGUUCUUGAAUUCUUGGCUGACUUCCAUACACUCAGCAAGAUAAAAAAUUUCAAAAAUGGUUCUCAAUCUACGGGCCUGAGUGAAGACACUCUUGGUGGGGUUUUGAAAGGAUCAAUUUCACAAUAUUUAGCGUUGGAAAUGUCAAGAGGAAAUUCCAAAGAAAAUCGAGCUGUUGGAAGAUAUUUGCCAUGGCUUUACAAUGCGCCAACAACAUUACAACAAGGCCCCAAAGAAUUUACUGAGUGCGUGUCACAUAUGCGUUUGUUGUCUUGGCUUCUAAUGGGAUCACUGACUCACACUGCACUUCAAACCCAUCGAAGAGAUCACAUUGGACAACAACAUCAUCCAGCACAUUUCCAUUUGCAGCAACAGACUACACAUGCAAUGGCGAUGCCAAUUCAGCAAGAUGCAAGUUGUCACAUUGCUGAUCACAUUCAAACAAUUUUCACUGGUUUUGUCGAACAAUCAAAGACGUCAAUUCUUCACAUGUCAUCGCUGUUUCAUGCUUUCACACUUUGUCAAUUGUGGACAGUUUAUUUAGAGAAGAUUUCGGUUUAUUCGAAUGACAGCGUAACAACUUCAAUUUUAUUUGAAUUUUGGGUGAAGGUGACGCCUUGUCUAUUGCAACUGGUCUCACAUUCAAAGUUAUCAGAAAUGGUCAACUUGCAUUUCUUAAGUCUUCUCGAAGCAUUGAAAGAAACACGAUCGACAAUUUUAUCAAAACUUUUGCCUCUUUGGAGUCCACUGUUGUCAUCAAAGAAUCUUUCUGGAACAUUACAUGUUCGUCUUCAGAACUGUCGUGACGUUGCACCAAAUCCUGAAGAAGUUGAUUUGCAUGCAAGCGAGGCGCUACUUAAAUGGCUACAAAGACUGCAAUUUAAAAUGGCACAAAUUGAAUUGCAAUCAUCACAAGCCACAACACAAUUUUAUUCAAUAUAAGCUAAAUCAAUGUUGAAUGUUUUUUGUAGAAAAUAAAAAUUUAGUAAAAUGUUGAAUUCUUAUUGAUUUCCGUCAUCGUCUUCGUCUUGAUCUGAAAACUUUUCUUCAUUUUCGUCCGAUUCUAUAUCAUCAAUGAUUGAAGAAGCUAAACGAUAUUUAUGCAUGUCCGAAACGACGAGUUUCUUCGUAUUCACGAUUGAUUCGUUUGAUUGUACUCCUAAUUCUUUGAUUUUAAUCGCAAGCCUUUCAGCAGCUUGUUGUUCUUUUAACUCUUUCAUUUUUUGACGAUGUUGAUCCUCAAUUUCAAGUGAUUCCCGAAUCGUAAGAGAUUUCACACCACAUUUAAUAACUGGUGGGGUGGCAGCUGUAUUGUCACGAACAGUUUUUUUGCUUUCAGCUUCCAGAGAUGUCGAGGAAGAGUCAAAAGUUUUUGGUUUUGGCUUGUACGGUAAGAAACGUGAAGGCGGAUCAAUGUUUUCUUUUCGACAUACAUAAUUGAGAACAGGAUCAAAAACUAAUUCUGAAUUUCUAAUUUCGUCAGCCUCUUUUAAAUCUUCUUCUGUAAUUAAUGGCUUAUCAGCAUCACUUUCCUUUGAAUUUUUAAUAAUUUUCUGAUUAUUGUUGACGCUAUUGGAUGAAGCCAUAAUAGCUAAAGGGUCUUCGUCGUCAUCACUAUCUAAGAUAUCUUUUGAGAUUAUUUUUUUAUCUCUCCAUUCCAUGUUAUUUAAAUCGUUGGUAUUGAGUUUAAGGGAUGAAAGAAGAUUUGAUGUCAUUUCAAUUUCAUUUUUCAAUUCCAACGCAGCCAGCACACGAUCAUAAAGAUCCUUAAUCUUUUUACCUUUGUCAGGAAGCUUGUUAAGACGACCUCUACAAUUAUUAUAAAAUAAUUUCUCUUGACGACUUUUCAAAUCUAGAAUCUCUCGCUUUGAUAGUUUCGUAAGAUCUUUAUCAAGAGCAUAUUCUUUAGGCUUUGCAAUAACACCAGGAACUCUGUUUAGUGGCGGAUUCUGUGGAAAAUUCAUUUUAAAUAGCAAAUUAUGAAAUUCGCGGGUGUUUUGUUUAC